AACAACAAAACCAUUGUCAGGCGGGACACCAUCCUCCUGGUGGUUAUUUUCCUGGCUUAUUGCAGUUUUUGGUAUCAGUUUUGGUGGGAGGAGAUGGAGACGUCGCCCAAAAAUGAAUAUGGAGAAGCCAGAGGGAGGUGGCAACAAGAGCAGAUGCAGCCCUGCCAGAAGACUCCUGAUCCAUCAGUGUAUAUAAUGUGUGAUAACUUAUUACUACCAACUAGAAAUGGGUGGUAAUGCAGAUUUUGUUCAUCCACCUCUGCCCGCAUCUUCAGUUAGCCCAAGUCGUCUGAUCUCCAAGGCUGUACAAACAAACCUACGGCAUGGGAAUAGGGUCCCCCAUCAGUGCCGUUCUAGCCAACUUGUACAUGGAAUACCUAGAAUCCGAACACUUCGCCAACAUCAUCCCUUCAAGCGUCACUUGGUUACAUUACGUGGACGACGUCCUCCUAAUAACGCCCACAUGUUUUGAUGUACAGAAUCUACAGGCAAGGCUCAACGCAGUUGAACCAGUGAUCCAGUUUACACUAGAAGAAGAAUCUAAUGACAAACUACCUUUCCUCGACGUCCUCAUUCACAAAGUAGACAACAGCCUAAGAUUUCAAGUUUAUCGGAAACCUACCAAUAAAAACAAUCUCACACUCUUCUAUUCCAGUCAAGAUACUAGGACCAAAAGAGGCAACAUCAUCGGGUUUUUCCUAAGAGGAUACCGAAUUUGUAGUCCUGAGUUUCUUGAUGAGGAAUGUACAUACAUUCACCAAACCUUCACAGAUUUACAUUUUCCUUCCUUUUUCAUCAAAGACUGCAAGACAAGAGCCCUUCAGAUCAUUAAUUCUUCAUGCACCAACACCACUCCCAACAACGUUAUAAUUCUUCCCAACAGCCAGGUUGCACUGAACGUUUCUAAAGUACUUUCACAAGCUAACACCAGAGUCGCCAUCGCUUCCAGCACUUCGAUAAAGGAUCUAACCAGAACAAAAUCCAAGCACCACGAACCAGUCAACGCAGGGGUCUACACUAUACCCUGUGGAGGCUGCGACAAGAUUUAUGUAGGUGAAACAGCAAGAAACCUCAACACCCGCCUCAGUGAACACAUUUAUGCAUGUAGGAACGAUAACUUGAACAACGCCUGUGUACAACACCGAAAUUCCACCAAUCAUCUCAUGAAGUUCAGGGAAGCCCAGCUAGUGAUCAAAGAAACUAAUUUCUGCAGACACAGCUUCACCAUCUCUGAAGUCUUAGCAAGAAUCCUCCUGAAAACAGUAAAUCCUGCUAUCACAUAGUCUCUCCUGUUAAUACUACAGAAGCACAUUACAGAAAAUGAACAUUGAAACAGGCCUUCUCUAUCCAGCCUCCAUUAGAAAUAUUUGUCUAACCAAUUUUUAUGUUUCCCAAGUAAUAGCCUUUACAUCAUUUACUCAUGUGCAAGUUAAUUGUUCUACAUAUUGUAUUACUUCUACUGCUACUAAUACUACUACUACUACUACCACUAGUAUUGCACCUCACUCUGAGCCUAUAUAUACCCUCUGUG